GUGUUUGAAAGCUAGGCCAAAGUGGGUGGGAGCGCGUGCUGCUGGGAGUUGUUUGGAGGUUGCCGGAGUGGGCCUGACGGUCCUCAGGCUGAGUGAUCAUGUCGCACAAACAGAUUUACUAUUCGGACAAAUACGACGACGAGGAGUUCGAGUACCGGCAUGUCAUGUUGCCCAAGGACAUAGCCAAGCUGGUCCCUAAAACCCAUCUGAUGUCUGAAUCUGAAUGGAGGAAUCUUGGAGUUCAGCAGAGUCAGGGAUGGGUCCAUUAUAUGAUCCAUGAACCAGAACCUCACAUCUUGUUGUUCCGACGGCCACUGCCCAAGAAGCCGAAGAAAUGAAGCUGGCAGCCACUUUCCAGCCUCAAGCUUUACACAGCUGUCGUCGCUUGCUAACAUCUUCCUGAUAACAUCAUUAUGUUGCCUUCUUGUUUUCUCACUUUGAUAUUUAAAGGAUGUUCAGUACACUGUUUGUGCUGCUGACUGUUUUGCUUGAGCAGAGCCAACAGCACCAUGGCCCGGCCAGUUGAGUGCUCUUUGGGCUGCAGCCUCAGCUGAGCUGUGUACCCAGCAGAGCACACUUGGUACAUAGAGGAAGCAUCUGACGAUAGGCCAUGGCUGUCACGGGGAUUGUGUAAACUUGCAGUUUUUUUUUCCUGCCAGGUGUUGUAUGUAUGGUGGUUUAUGUUUCAAUAUAUUGGAGACUUUUCAUUUUAUUCAAGGAAUCUGUUCCAUGUUUAAAAGCCUUGAUUAAAGAGGAAGUUUUUUAUAAU